CGAGAAUGGGACAAUGGGGAGUAAGGAGAAUGAGGGAAGGUGUUCUGGAGACGGUGGCCAAGGAGCCUGUGUCUUCAGGGGAAAGUCAGGCUUCACUAGGAGCUAGUAGAUGGAAGGAGGGGGAAAAGAAUGGAUUUCAGAUGGAGGGAAGCCUGUUGCCUCUGGAACAGGCAUUCCACAGAGCACCGUGCAAGGGCUGGGUGGAGUUAGGACCAGACUUUGGGAUGGGACGAUGAAGGGACUGGCGAUGAGGAAUUGGGUGGUACUAAGUGUGCUAAGUAAGGGCAGUAAGGGUUUGGGUGAUGAUCUUCAAGACUUCAGCGUCACUGGGAUGGCAAAGACGUGAGCAGGUGUGAGAAUGUCCGCAAAGUGGGGGAUGCCACUCCUCUGCCCUCCGAGCACAGGUGCAGGAAGGAGAUGGGAGGCUUGGAGCCGAGGGAGGCUCGCUCGCUCUUUGCAAUCGUGGGGCCCCAUGAUUGGGAGACUGGGCUGGGAGCCGCUGCGAGUUGCCUUGCACUGGUGCCCAUGGGCGCGGUGGUUUGGGGCCGAUGGGGGAUGGCCUGGCCAACCCCAGUCCCUGCCCCGGCUCCAGAGCUCAGGGACUGGGGUUGGGGGGGUGGUCUGCUCUGUCUUGUGCCCCUAGGAAGGUCCCCUCCUCCAUCUUUUCCAGGUAAAGCCCGUCUGAGCCGAUUCCCUGGACACGACGCUCCUCCACUGUGACCCCCCCACCAUCUGCUGUUCUCCUCUGCCUGUGAUGGGGGGGCGGCGCUCCCGAGGUCUCGGGGUCGCGCACCCAUGCCCGGCAUGUGCGGCGCUCCCAGUGGGGACAGAGCGAUGACAAGCCCACGGCUGUCCUCUGGGUGCACGAAAGCCUCUGGAUUGUGGGUAAUGGAGCCUGUCCAAGUCUGGUGGACUCCGUUUCCCAGAAGGCCACGCGACUCCUCUGGAUGGGGAGCAGAGAGGGUCGUUUCGGUGCGGCUUCGCCUUCUCGCGCCUGCGCUCCAGGAGUCAGUGACGUUCCAGGAUGUUGCUGUGGACUUCACCUGGGAAGAAUGGGGAUGCUUGGCACCUUCUCAGAAGGAGUUGUACAAGGAUGUGAUGCUGGAGAACUACAGGAACCUGGUCUGCCUUGGACUGGCAGUGUCCAAGCCAGGUGUCCAUGACCAGGUGGACCAAGGGGAAGCACUUUGGAUGGCAGAGAGAGAAGACUCAGGAAGCAGCCACGGAAGUUGGAAGAAUAGGUUUGACACAAAGGAGUCAACUCCAGACCUAGAAGCCUGGGAAUGUAAAGCCAGGUUAGAGAGGCAGGCCACACGAACGAAGAGAAAACAUGACUAAGACUAGACCUCAGAAAACAUAAUCAAAUCAGUUCAAAGAAGAUAUUUUCUACAUCUAAUGAAUGGGGAAAUCCAUCAAUUAUAAUUCAGACCUUACUAAGUGUCAGAAAAUUCACAUUGUGAAGAAACCUUAUGAAUGUAAUGAAUGUGGCAAGGGCUUCCAAUGGAGUUCUCAUUUUGCUAAACAUCAGCGAACACAUACUGGAGAGAAACCUCUGAAUAUAAUAAAUGUGAGAAGGCCCUUUGCUCAAGUAGAAGACUCACUGAACAUCAGAGGAUUCAUAGUGGAGAGAAAUUUUAUGGAUGUCAUGUAUGUGGGGAAAACCUUCAGCCAGUUCACAGAACUUACUUCAGCAUCAAGCAGUUCAUAAAGGAGAGAAUCCAUUUGAAUGUAUUGAAUGUGGGAAGACCUUCAGCCGGAGUUCACAACUUAUGUACAUCAGAGAUUCAUGCUGGAGAGAAACUUGUAUGAAUGUAUUGAAUGUGGGAAGUCCUUCCUUUGGUGUUCACGGCUUAUUCAACACCAGAGAAUACACAGUGGAGAAAAACCUUUUGAAUGUAAUGAAUGUGGGAAGGCUUUCGCCAGAGGAUACAACUUACUGUACAUCAGAGAAUUCACACUGGAGAGAAGCCCUAUGAAUGUAAAGAAUGUGGGAAGGCCUUUCACCGAAGCACAGGACUUACACAACAUCAGAAAAAUUCAUACAGGCGAGAAACCUUAUGAAUGCAAUGAAGUGGGAAGACCUUCUGCUGAGCUCACAACUUUAAUCAACAUCAGAUAAUUCAUAGUGGAGAGAAACUUUAUGAAUGUAGUGAAUGUGGGAAGGCCUUCUGCCGCAGGGUCACAACUUACACAACAUCAGAUAAUUCAUACUGAAGAGAAACCAUAUGAAUGUAGUGAGUGUGGGAAGGCUUUCCAUCAGACUUCACAACUUAUUCGACAUAAAGUAAUUCAUACAGGAGAGAAACCUUUUGAAUGUAAUCAAUGUGGGAAGGCUUCCACAGAAGCACAGGACUUACACAACAUCAGAGAAUUCAUACUGGUUGGAAACCUUUUGAAUGUAAUGAAUGUGGCAAGGCCUUCCACAGAAGCACUGGACCUAAUACAACACCAUAGAAUUCAUACUGGAGAGAACCUUAUGAAUGUAAGGUAUGUGGGAAAACCUUCCGCAGGAGCUCACAACUUACUCAACACAAGGUAAUUCAUACUGGAGAGAAACCUUAGGAAUGUAAUGAAUGUGGGAAAGCCUUUCUGCUGAGCGCACAGCUUACUCGACAUCAAAAAAUUCAUACUGGAGAGAAACUCCCAAAUAUAACAUGUGUGAGAAUCCUUCCGCACAGAGAAGCUACUUACUCAACACCACAAAAUACAUAAUGGAGAGAAGCCUUAUUAAGUUAAGUCCUUGUGAGUAUGAUUAAUGUGAGAAGGGUUUCAGACAGAGCAAACAACUACUGAAAACUAGAUAAUUCAAACUAAAUCAAAACCCUAUACAUUAUAAGUGAUCCAUGCUGGUUUCUGUGACUGUUCUAAACUUUUUCACUCUCCUGAAGUCCCAAGCCACUUCCUUGUCUUGUCUCACACUUUAUAGCAGAUAUUAUUAUAUACUCUUAAAUUACUGAGAAAGUUGUAGAAGUAUGAAAGGAAUUUCCUAUAUUUACUCCACUCCUCACAAAUGCCCAGAAUUCUGAACUACUUCUCCAUCCUGUCACCCAGGCAAGUAGAAACUCCUCCUUCUUCUUUCCAAAAGCUGAUUCUUUGCCUAUGGCCUUUAUGCUACCAGUUCCUUUUAGUUCAGGACAUUAAUUUGACAGUCAUCCCUCUUUUUCUUUGCAUCUUAAACCUCUCCCAGUGGCUCUCUCUGAGCUUUGUGUUCAAGUUUCUCAAUUUCCCAAAAUGAAAAAAAUCACUACCCAAUCCAGUCACCAACCCAUUUCUUUUUUUCUUGCCACACCUCUUGAAAAUUAUUCUCAUUUCCAUUAAUAACAAAUGGCAUUUUCAUAGCUCUUUGAAAGUUUAUAACAACAUUAACAUCUUACUAGAGCCUACAAAAAUCAUGAGAAAUUAUGGCAGUCGUUAUCCCUUUUAUAGAUGGAGAGAAGUGUGACUGGGUUUAAGUAACAUACAGCUAUAUAGGUAUAUACAGCUACUCUUGGGCCAUCAUUAUCUCACUACCCAUCAUCUGCAAUCUGGUUUCUAUCUCAACCUACCCUCAGAAGACACUAGUGACUUCCUACUUGCUAAGUACAAUGGCUUUUUGUAGUACACCCUUGUUCUUCUUUGUAGUAUUUGAUGUAAUUCACCCACCCUUUCCUUCAGUGCCCUCCAGUAUUCCAAAAUGCCACAUUCUUGGGGUUAGUAAUAAACAAUGUGAAUUUAAAUGAUACCUUUAAGGUUUUCAGAAUACUAUCCUCCCUCCCCUUUAACAAUUCUUUGAAGUAGACUGAACAAGUAAUAGUUGUCCCAUUUUAGAGACCAGGAAACUGAGAGGGUCACUUGCUUUUGAGGCAGUAAUUAUUGAGAUUCCUUAUGUGACUUAAGACCCAAGGUCCUGACUUCAAAGCCCAGCAACCUUUCUACUACACAAUGUUGAUUUUUCCUCUUUCAUCUGUAUUUGCUUUCUUUGAUUCUUUGCUGAUUUAUUUUCCUGUCUCCUUAAAUAGCAUGUUCCCCCACCAGUCCCUGAUUAGAACCUAGGAUUCAUGCUGCCUUGAUGAAUGGCCCAUGGUCUCCUUAUUCCUUUUCCAUGUCCAGAGUGGUGGGUGGUAUCCUUUUCAAGCUAGGGCUCAUGGAAAACCCUAGGCAUGGUUUCCAUGUGUGAUGUGUAAAAUUUAAUGUGCCGUCUAUUACUGUCCCAAGUGUAGGGGAAAAUUAGCUAGGUUUAAUCAUAUAUUUGUUACUUAGAAAUU